AUGGACAGAACAUCUAUUAGCUGUCUUGUCAACAGCAUCUCUCGGUUCAUUCUUCUUGUUUCAUGCCAGACAAAGAUACAUGCAACUAUUCAAAAUGAUUACAGAAGUAUGGUUAUGGUGCUUAAGUAUUUGAAGCCAGUGCUUGAUGAAGUUGUUGACCACGAUCUAACUUCAACGGAAAUACUAUAUCAAGAGUGUGAAGAGCUUGAUGCAGCUGUUAAUGAGGCUAGAGAAUUCAUAGAAAACUGGUCUCCGAAGAUGAGCAAGAUUCGCAGUGUUCAGAAGACCGGGGCUCUUCUGAUUGGAAUCCAAAGAUGUUCGCUGGAGAUUUGCCAUAUAUUAUGUACACUGUUGCAGUCUUCUCCAAUAGAUACAGACUUAACUGUCAUUCAGAACUGCAUGCAGGAGCUUCAGAGUGUGAAACAAGAAUCAAUUACGAAUUAUAUAGAAGAGGCUCUAAGAAGUCCAAGAGACGACACUGCUUCUUGCCCUGAUCAUGUGAUGAAAAUCAUUGGUUCACUUAAUCUGAGGACAAACCGUGAUCUCCUGAAAGAAAGUGUGGCGUUGGAAAAAGAAAGGAUGAAUAUAGAGGCCAACAGAGACAAAGGGAACUUGGAGCAGGUAAAUCAAGUUGUGGAUCUCCUGUGUCACAUACGUGCCUGUCUGCUUAAAGUUGAGUGCUCUGAACCCGAGAGUGGUGUCAGAAUCCCUCCAUAUUUCCGGUGUCCCUUAUCUUUGGAGCUUAUGUUGGACCCUGUCAUUGUGGCUUCUGGUCAAACUUAUGAGAGGAAUGCCAUCCAGAAAUGGCUUGAUCAUGGGUUGGCGAUUUGCCCCAAGACCCGUCAAACACUUUCUCACGCAAAUCUCAUUCCCAAUUAUACUGUCAAAGCCAUGAUAGCAAAUUGGUGUCAGGAAAAUAGUGUGAAAAUUUCUAGCAAUUGUGAGCGGGCUAACCUCGCAUUGGUCCCAUUGCCUUCAUCAGAUCCUGGUUUAUUUCGCUCAGUUAGUGAGAACUGCUCUUUGGAUGCCAGCAAUGCUUCUUCAGCUGAAGUUAGAAAUGGAUUUGUGGAUCACAAGGUUGAUGACAUAUCUGGGUUCGUUGGACAGGAAUCGAAUCAAAAUGAAAGCUUGAAGAAUGGAAAUGUAGAAUGUCCUUCUCGUGAGCUGCUGUCAUAUCAUAUCAGCAGGAGUGCAUCAGCUUCGAGUGUUGUUUCUAGUACUGAGUUUGGUCCGCCUUCAAAUCAAGUGUCGAGAACAUCUUCCAAGCACCAUAAUGUAAAUGAAUUCUCAGUAGAAGUCAUGACUGAAGUAUCUUCUGCUGCUGCUGCUGCUGCUGUUGCUGCUCCCAGUAAUGAGUCUGCCAAGAUUCAAUUCCAAGACCCUAAAAGAAAACCAGAGAUUUCAAGCAAUGGAAACUGUUGCAGCAGGGUUCAUUCUGUUCCAUCUGAUCUGGUGUCAUACGAUGAUUUAACCACCAUAUCUCAUGUUGAGGAGUUGGUGGAAGAUCUCAAAAGAAGUCAUUCAGAUGAACUACAGACUGCAGUUGCUGCAGAGUUGCGUUUCCUCACCAAACACAACAAAGAGAAUCGUGUAAUAGUGGCUCAAUCUGGUGCUAUCCCACCAUUACUAUCACUUCUAUAUUCAGAGAUACAGCUGACUCAGGAACAUGCAGUUACUGCCCUCCUGAACUUAUCAAUCAAUGAAGAGAACAAGACCAUGAUAGCAGAAGCAGGAGCAAUCGAACCUCUGAUUCAUGUUCUGAACUCGGGGAGUGACACAGCCAAAGAGAACUCUGCAGCUACUCUGUUUAGCCUCUCUGUCCUGGAACAGUACAAGGCAAGAAUCGGGCGCUCCGGUGCAGUCAAAGCCUUGGUGAACCUCCUAAGUUCAGGGACUCUUAGAGGGAAGAAGGAUGCCGCUACUGCAUUAUUUAACCUCUCUAUCUUUCAUGAGAACAAGGCACGCAUAGUUCAGGCUGGAGCAGUGAAACAUCUCGUGGAGUUGAUAGAUCCUGCCACUGGGAUGGUGGAUAAAUCGGUUGCUCUUCUUGCAAACUUGUCGACGAUUGGGGAAGGCCGUCUAGCGAUUGCUAAGGCGGGAGGCAUUCCUUUGCUUGUUGAGGUCAUUGAGUCAGGAUCCCAAAGGGGAAAAGAAAAUGCUGCUUCAGUAUUGGUGCAACUGUGCCUUAACAAUCCAAAGUACUGUACCCUUGUUCUACAAGAAGGAGCUGUCCCUCCACUUGUUUUCUUGUCACAGUCUGGAACCCCGAGAGCGAGAGAGAAGGCUCAGCUUCUCCUUGGCCACUUCCGAAAUCAGAGGGAAGGAAAUGCGGGGAAGGGAAAGUGAUGUAAAAAAGGGUCAAAUUUUGUUUCGCAUCGCCAUGGUUGAGUUGUUAGAUAUUAUUUGAUCCCCUCAGUCGAUAUAUUUUCCCUUAUGAGCCAUUUUCUUGUCAUCUCUAGCUUUAGUUUAUAUUCAAUGUGUAGUCUUUGGUGUUACUUGAUAGCAUAGAAGAGAAGAGGGGUGUGUUUGGUUAGUGAUCUAGUGUUUCCACAAAUGUAGUUCAUUCUAGUGUAUCUGGGUGCAAGCAAUCUCCGGGAACUCAUCUUCCUUUUGUGAUUUGGUUUUGUAAGUGAUAGCCUACGAUCUGUAUAUAAAAUCUUGUACAUCUGGUGAUAUCAGCACGUGGAGUCUGCAAUAGAAAUAAGGGUAUCACAACCCUACCUUUUCUUUUCUUUUGGAAUGCCUCGUAAAUGUCCUGCUAUGUCUUCACUGGAACAACUCGGUCUCGGAGCAGAUGGAAAGUCUUUGGAUGAUCGUUAAUCAAAACAUUAAAACAUAUGCCAUGUAAAAGUUUUUUUUCUUUGUUUUGUUUCUGGAAAGAAGAUCCUUACUGCUGAGCUUUCUGUCUGAUAAAUGUGUAUUGGAGAACAUACAGAUUAAAAAAUUAUGUAUUUUGCAGGUGAACGGUAGGAAUUAAUGUAAAAUUCCUUGUUUUGCUUGCAA